UUGGGCCACAGAGGAUCUGGCAAGGAUGAAGAAAUGGGGGAGCUCCGACUCAGGGGAGUCUGAGGACCCGCUCCAAGAGGACCUCUGCCCAGACCCUCUGGAUGUACACCCUAACUCUAGGCCAGCUCCAGCCAAGCCCCACAUCUUCCCCACGGCCAGGAGCCGCAGUCGGCUCUUUGGGAAGUGUGACUCAGAGGAGGCUUCUCCUAUGGACUGCUCUUACGAGGAAGGCCAGUUGGUCUCCUGCCCAGCCAUCACAGUCAGCCCUGUUGUCAUCAUCCAGAGGCCUGGGGAUGGCCCCACCUGUGCCAGGCAGCCAUCCCAGGACUCUGUCCCUGUUGGCUCCAAGAAGAGCCCCAAGCUCUAUGAUCGUAGGAAGAUCUUUGAAGCUGUGGCUCAGAAUAACUGCAAGGAGCUGGAGAGCCUGCUGGUGUUCCUGCAGAAGAGCAAGAAGCACCUCAUGGACAGCGAGUUCAAAGACCCAGAGACAGGGAAGACCUGUCUGCUCAAAGCCAUGCUCAACCUGCAUGAUGGGCAGAAUGACACCAUCCCACUGCUCCUGGAGAUUGCCAGGCAGACAGACAGCCUGAAAGAGCUUGUCAAUGCCAGCUACACAGAUAGUUAUUAUAAGGGCCAGACAGCACUGCAUAUUGCCAUUGAGAGGCGGAACGUGGUACUGGUAACCCUUCUGGUGGAGAAUGGGGCAGACGUCCAGGCUGCGGCCAAUGGAGACUUCUUUAAGAAAACCAAAGGGCGGCCUGGCUUCUACUUUGGUGAGCUUCCCCUCUCCCUGGCUGCAUGCACCAACCAGCUGGGCAUCGUGCAGUUCCUGCUGCAGAACUCCUGGCAGCCGGCAGACAUUAGUGCCAGGGACUCGGUGGGCAAUACAGUCCUCCACGCGCUGGUGGAGGUGGCUGACAACACGACCGACAACACCAAGUUUGUGACGAGCAUGUACAAUGAGAUUCUGAUCCUGGGGGCCAGGCUCCACCCUACCCUGAAGCUGGAGGAGCUCACCAACAAGAAGGGGCUGACGCCGCUGGCUCUGGCUGCCGAGAGUGGGAAGAUCGGGGUAUUGGCCUAUAUUCUCCAGAGGGAGAUCCAGGAGCCCGAGUGCAGGCACCUGUCCAGGAAGUUCACUGAGUGGGCCUAUGGGCCCGUGCAUUCCUCACUCUAUGACCUGUCCUGCAUCGACACCUGCGAAAAGAACUCUGUGCUGGAAGUGAUCGCCUACAGCAGCAGUGAGACUCCUAAUCGCCAUGACAUGCUGUUGGUGGAGCCGCUGAACCGACUGCUGCAGGACAAGUGGGAUAGAUUUGUCAAGCGCAUCUUCUACUUCAACUUCUUCGUCUACUGCUUGUAUAUGAUCAUCUUCACGACGGUCGCCUACCACAGGCCUGUGCAAGGCUUGCCUCCCUAUCAACUGGAAAACACCGCUGGGGACUAUUUCCGAGUCACUGGAGAGAUUCUUUCAGUAUCAGGGGGAAUCUACUUUUUUUUCCGAGGGAUUCAGUAUUUCCUUCAGAGGCGGCCAUCACUGAAGACCUUGUUUGUGGACAGCUACAGUGAGAUGCUUUUUUUUGUGCAGUCGCUGUUCAUGCUGGGGUCUGUGAUGCUGUACUUCUGCCAUCGCAAGGAGUAUGUGGCCUCCAUGGUGUUCUCCCUGGCCAUGGGCUGGACCAACAUGCUGUACUAUACCCGCGGCUUCCAGCAGAUGGGCAUCUAUGCUGUCAUGAUUGAGAAGAUGAUCCUGAGAGACCUGUGUCGCUUCAUGUUCGUCUACCUGGUUUUCUUGUUCGGGUUCUCCACAGCGGUGGUGACACUGAUUGAGGAUGGGAAGAAUAACUCUGUGGCUGAGCCCCCAUCACAUAGGUGGCGAUGGCCUGGCUGCCGGCCACCAGACAGUUCCUACAACAGCCUGUACUCCACGUGUCUGGAGCUGUUCAAGUUCACUAUCGGUAUGGGUGACCUGGAGUUCACCGAGAACUAUGACUUCAAGGCUGUCUUCAUCAUCCUGCUGCUGGCCUACGUGAUUCUCACCUACAUUCUCCUGCUCAACAUGCUCAUCGCCCUCAUGGGUGAGACUGUCAACAAGAUUGCGCAGGAGAGCAAGAACAUCUGGAAGCUACAGAGAGCCAUCACCAUUUUGGAUACGGAGAAGAGCUUCCUUAAGUGUAUGAGGAAGGCCUUUCGCUCGGGCAAGCUGUUGCAGGUGGGGUACACACCUGACGGCAAGGACGACUACAGGUGGUGUUUUAGGGUGGAUGAGGUCAACUGGACCACCUGGAACACCAACGUGGGCAUCAUCAAUGAAGACCCUGGAAACUGCGAGGGUGUCAAGCGCACCCUGAGCUUCUCGCUGCGGUCAGGCAGAGUUUCAGGGAGAAACUGGAAGAACUUUGCUCUUCCCCUUUUAAGAGAUGCAAGUACUCGAGAAAGGCAUACUACCCAGUCCGAGGAAGCUCACCUGAGGCACUUUGCAGGGUCCCUCAAGCCGGAAGAUGCUGACAACUUCAAGGACCCUGCUGUGUUAGGGGAGAAGUAAGGGACCCCCACAGGCUGCUCUCAAUGCUGUUGGGCUUUAGGAUACCCCACUGCUGCCAGGGGACUGUGCAGGGAUCCCCCCAGGGUGCUCUCAGCAGCCUGGCCUGGUCUGCACCUGCCCAGACACUUUCCUAGACUGCACUGGGCGAGUUGUGGGGAGCAUAGCUGGGUGCAUGGAAUGAGGUGAUCAUCCGGCCUCCACUGUCCCCGAUUGACUCUCCUAACAGGAAUAGGGUUUUGCUUUCACGUUUUUACUGACUAUUAAGUAUUGUGAAUGACAAAUCUCUCUGUGGACAUAUGCAAUGCCCCUAUUUAUUUCUAUUUUAUUUUAUUUCUAAUUUAUAUAAAUUUUCUACUUUUAUUCCUGGGAAUAAAAGUAAAUGAGGCCUAAGAAAACACCUUUUAAAACAAAAUACUCCCUUUGAUGUAAAAUGCUGAAGACUUUCUUCUCUGUUGUGCUUAAUAUCCCCCCUGUUCAGAGUGGUCUGGGGGGUGAUGUCAUCUACUCCUCAGAUAAAGUAGACUAAGCUGGUCCCAUGCCCAGCUCUGCCAGAAUCCAGUUUUCCCAGAGUGACUUCAUCAUUCCAGGUGACAACUCACAGUUCCAAAAAUAUUAGCUCUAUUGCCGUUCAGAUAAAGUACAAAACCUACAUCCCAAAGCCACAUGGCAAGAAUCUUUCAAGUGACCUUUCAUUUGUAGUGACCUUAGUCUUGCUCCCCUAUAGAGGUACACACUUCCACCUCCAUCCAUCCUGUCAAUUCAUCAGCUAAAUAAAUA